AGGUACUGCUCGCGCUGUGUGGGCGCGUCCGUCGUCGUCGCGCAGCACGAAGAUCGCUAUCCCUUUUUGCUUCUUUCUGACUACUUGCUUUUCAUUUCUCUCCCUCCCUCCCUCUCUCUCUGUCUCUGUCUCUGCCUCUGAGCGCGCACGCAAUCUUGGCUCGCAUUGCGGAUUGCAAUUGAGCUUACCCUUUUCCCUCCCCUCCCCUUCCUCCUCCUCCUCCUCCUCUUCUUCUCCCUUCUCCCUUCCCUCCCUUUUCUUCCACCUCUCUCCUCCCCGAAACCUUUUCCAAUCCAUCCACUUCAGCACACCACUUUUCAUCGCACACCCUGCUGCCUCUAAUUUUAUUCACUUUCCUGUGCUGCUUUCUUUAUUGGCAGUCAGUCUCGAAUCUGGUUUCUGUAUCUCCUUCUCACCUCACCGGGCCACGGUUGUUUCUUCCGCUUCUCCCCACCGUUGUCGCCUGGCCUUCCUUCCUUCCUUCCUUCGCUCCUUCCUUCACCCCCGCUGCUGCCACCAGCAUUCGCCUCCCUCCCUGCCUCCUUCCUGAUUCCCAUCUCCUCCGAGGUCUCACCAUCUGCAGCCUGUGACAGUCAAAAAUCAGAGUUUUCUGCUCAACCCUAACGAGUUUAUUUGUACAUUAGAUACCGACUUCGGUCGCUCAUCGAUUUGUCUCUGUAGUACGAGUGACACGGAAUCUACCUCCACGCGGAUCCUCUAUUUGUUGACCAUCAAACCUCCGAAGCCUUCUUCUUUGCCACGAGCAUCCCGUCCCUUGACACUGUGUAUGACCUCCUGUAACUGCACCUUAAAUGCAGUUAGAUCUUGGCUUAACAGUAAUCACUGAAAUAGGCACACUCUUUCUGCUCCUCGAGAAUUUGAGCUUCAGUCAUGUUGACUGGGGAGAGAAGAGGUGUGUCUACUCGCCGGGGCAUGACUGUUUUGGGGAAAAUACCUGCCGUUCCGAAGCCCAUUAACUUACCCAGUCAAAGAUUGGAGAAUCGAGGACUAGAUCCGAAUGUGGAAAUUGUGCCCAGGGGUAGCGUGAGCUGGGGUGCUGCAGGUCGUUCUCCUCCUACAAACAGUAGUCCUUGGGGGAACUCUUCUCAAGCGUCAUCACCUCCCGUUGGGAAUGGACCAUGGGGAAGCGGACCUAAGCCUGGGCCACCUCCAGGAAGCAGCGGCGGACCUUGGGGUGCGAAUGCUUCUCGCCCUUCCUCUGCUGGUAGUGGAACUCGUCCUUCAUCCGCCGGAAGCAUUGGGCAAACUCAGGAGGCGAUUGCAGCUGCAAAUGCUUGGGGCCCAGCAACAGCUCGACCUUCUUCUGCUUCAGGUGUCUUGGGGCAGGCUCAGUCUCAGCCCCCUGUGCCAAGGCCUCGCAGUGCUGAGACAAGGACUUUGAGCGCCCAAGCCCCGGUUCUUACGCGAUUUGCAGAUCAUCCAAAUGGACCACCAUCACCUGCUGCACCUGCUUGGGGGGGUGCAGGAACUGCCCGAAAACUGGGUGAGGAUUCUCAUUCUCUUCACCAACCUGCCCGUUUCACGUUGACACGAGUUGACUUCCCAACAUUAGGGUCCGAAAAGAAUCCAGACCUCCGACCCCAGCAGAACAAAACUGGUGCUCCACCCGCUGAGCGCCCAGGAUCCGCAGAUGGGAAGGGUCCUCCUGAUGAGCGGCCACCUCCUGGUCCUGGAGGUCCUUAUGACGAAAUGCCACCAACGGGACCGGGUGGUUAUGGAGGCCAGGAUCGAAUGCAGGAAGGGUGGCGAAGAGAAGCGGGUCCUUACGGUGGUCAUCCUGGAAUGGGAGAUGGUAAUUGGCACAGGGAAGGUCCACCUCAAUCGAUGCAACAACACGGAGGCGGUCAGCAUCAACCUGAUACCUGGCGUAGAGAGCCCGGUCAUGGAGCUGCGCCAGGCGGAGGCCCCUCGGAUGACAACUGGCGCAGGGGUGGUCCUCCUGUUGGUCCAUAUGGUCCCCCAGGUCCGGGUAGAUUUCAGCAUGAUCCUUCUGGAUUCAUGCAUCAGCAGAGAUAUGGGCCUGGGCCUGGGCCUGGACCCUAUGGCCGUGGUGGAGGUCCUGGUCCAGGUCCUGGUGGAUUCGGCCGACAUGGUGAAAUGUAUGGAAACGCCGGUCCCUUUGCUAGGCCAGGUGGUGCUCCUCCACCACGACCUGGCCCUCCGAUGGGACCAGGAAUGUAUCAGGGGCCCGGUCCGUAUGAGAACUAUUAUGGUCCACCUGGGGUUCCAGGGCCGGGAUAUGGCAACAUGGACGAAAGGGAAAUGAUGAUGCUGGGUAUGGUUGGUGGUCCGCCUGGUAUGUAUAAUGGUUUUCCUCAAGGACCUCAUGAGCCCUUUGGUCGCUUUCCUCACGGAGGUCCUGGCCCUGGGCCUCGUCAUAUGCAGCAGAACAACUCAGCAAUGAUGAGGGAUCGUAACGAAGGUAUGGGAUAUGAAGGAGAUGGGCACCGCGAUAAUUCAAAGUACAAAGAGAGCUCCAAUUUCAAAGAAGGAGGAGGCUUUAAAGAUGGUGGUUUCGGCAAAGAAGGUGGAUUUCCUAAAGACAGACCAGAGAGACCUGCGUCCGCUGGCGAGGUUCGAAGAGUAGGACAUACUAUGAGCAGUGGGUCAGGCAAUGCUGGAACUGACAUGCCAAGACCGUUGUCAGCACGUAGUAGUCAUCACGGAGGUCAUCGAGAUUGGGGAGCCGCGGCUAGCAGUGAUGAACCAAUGGACUUUUCAAAGCCUGUUUUUGAAGAAGAUGUCUCUUCGGCGUCACCAGGUCUGAGCAAGCAGUCAUCGUCUGUUUCUCGUGCUGGGAAUGAUAUCUCACCUACGACGGAUGAGAAGUCUUCUGAGCAAGUGAAACGCCGGGACCCUUCUCAGGUUUCGGGAGUGUCUGAGGAGAAAGUGAAGGGACGGGUUUCGUCUGAUGAAGUCAAGGACGGGCCCGUUGUGUCUCUGCCUACUGCAGGAACUGUCAGCAAUAGUGAUAGUGUUCAAACAUGGAGGCAAGUUGAUGUAGAAUCGGAUGGCAAUGCUGCCAAGACCAGGGCUUUGGAGAACAAUAGCCUUGAAACCAAGGAUCAGGUUCGAAAAGCUUUUCUACCUACGGAAGAAAGUGAACAAUCUGACAAACGGCCGAUGAAAGACGGAAGCUCACCUGCACCACCUUCGAGAGAGCGGAGCAUGGGUCGAGACCAUGUUUUUUCACCUCAUGGAGGAAGAGGAGGAGGGAGUAAGAGAGAGAACAGCUUUUCGCAUACAAGCGGCAAUGCAGGUUCAGCACCACGACCAGGUCAACAUGGCUUUGUUGUUGGCGGUUCAAACAGUAGACCAAGCUCGACAAAUGUUUCACGUGUCCCGAAUCCUCCAUUGAACCCAGAGGUCGUGGUCGUUGAGGAGGUUGUGACGACCACUGUAAGUGAGAAACAUGUAAGCAGUCCGUCUUCUCCAUCUGGUUCAGAUAGUCAGAGAAAUAGUGACAAGCUACGCAUCUUAAAGCGUGUGGGUGACGGUCCUGAAAGCCCACAUAAAGACAUUGUAAAUACGACCGAAACCGGUCACACAGAGGUACUUGCUGCAGUACCGAGUGAGCUGAAAGAGGAUUCGAAACCCAAAAGUAAAUCUGUCAAUAGUCAUGAUGGCGAGAAGGAAUGGCGACCAAAGGUUCCGGUAAUGGAUGCCUCACUGGAGGUGAAUAGAUCUUCUUUGUCUGCAAAUCUCAAGCAGUCAUCACAUUCUUCCGUCAUUCCACCAGUUGUGUCUUCUCCGGCCACGGCGGCGGAUGGUCCAGAUAAAGCUGGGCCGGAUUCUGAGAUUUCAGGGGAUUCAUAUGAUUAUGAGGCCCAGCGUGCGAGAAUGAAGGAAAUUGCUGCGCAGAGAGCGAGACAGUUGAGGAAAGAAGAAGAAGAGAGAAUCAAGGAACAAAAAGCGAAAGCUAUGGCUAAACUUGAAGAGCUCAACAGGCGUUCUUCUGGAGCCCCUGUCUCGCAACCAGUAGGGCACCCAGUCGUUGAGGAAGGAGGUCAAGAGUCUCCCAACGUGACUGUCCCACAAGGUGAACUUGAGACUGUUUCUGCAGACGAUAUAGUGCAGGAAGGAGCUGCAAUUGACAGUGGCGCUCCAGGAGUUGGCACUCCGCGUGGUGGUGUACGUAGCGGUAGGAAUGAGCAUGGGAAGAGAGAGAGAGUAAUCGACCGUAAGAGCAAUGGGCGUAGUCGAGAUGAUCACCGGGUUAAAUUAGGAUUUGAGGAACAUCGGGAUAUGCCAAAAACGAGACUGAGCGUGUCCUUGAGUCAAACCAAGAUGGAGCCACCCCUUCUGCCAUCUCCAUCACAACAGGCUAGCCCUUCUCAAGCUGUUGUGCCCCUUCCUCCUGCUUUGGUCUCGAGUGUACAACAGCUGGAAACACAUUUAGCAGGACCACCGGAAGUAAGUUCUGUACAGGCUGCUCCAACCCAACAACAAGUUCCUACUAAAGGUCAAGAUGCUCGAUAUAGAGGUAAGCAGUUUGUUUCACAGCCCAAGCAAGUUGGAAGACAGACACAGUCUGUUGGAGAGGUGGAGCCUGUCGUAAUCCAGGAGAGUGUUACUGUUGCGGACAGUAACUCAAACGCUAGUGGCUGGACCGGAAGCAGUCCACUGGAUUUGGAUCCGAAGGAGGUUACUCUUAGCCUGGGUUCAGGUCAUUCGAGUAGUGAAGCUGGAGCCGCAGCUUUUCGUAAAAAGAAGAGUAAAAGCAGCGGACGGAACAAACAAAAGGUGGAACUCACCACGGCUGUUGCUGAUGUAUGUGGGGAGGUGAACCAGGGGUGGAACAUAGGUUCGUCUACAUCAAACGAACCUGUGAACGAGAUCGGAAGGACAAUACCUCAGGCCACGGGUUCAAAUGGAGGAGAUGAGGACCCUAAGGUUGUGCCUCUAACUAUAACGGUGAAGGAUCCUGUCUCUCAGGACUUGAAGUCGGAGGUUGCGUCUGGUGAACAACCAAAAGAUACAGGAAUCGAGAGUGGUGGUAGUGACGUGGGAUCUCUUAGGUCCAACGGAGACGUUCCGAACAAGAGGUCUCAGAGGAAAUCUCAGCCUGCAAGACGUGUAGUGAGAGAUAGGGGUACCUCUCAAGAUGUCCGAGUUGCCGACAAGCCACACGUAGCUGAAGGAAUGGUGUGGGCACCAGUGCGAUCUCCUUCAGGUUCUCAUCCAAACGGUCCGAAAGGUGGCUUUGGCGGAGAAGUAAUUGUCGAGCCUCCUGUAGAGAGGAAGGAAGAACCUCCAGUUGUCCCACAGACAGCGCGGGCGAGGAGAGCAGAAUUGGAGCGCUAUACUCCAAAGCCAGUAGUGAAGCAGCACGCUCAACAGCAAGAGGAAAUGCAACAGCUACAAGUAGUUGUGGGAACUGAAACGUCGGUCGUUACCGUGGUGGAUGACGGGCCCCAGAUCCCAGAAAGUCUUACAGAAAUCAAGUUUGGGAGUGAAGCAAGGCAAGCUGAAGGUAUGGGCAAACAUGGUCGCGCGCAUGCCUCGUGGCGUCAAAGAGGUGCUGCCAGCGAGCGGGGAAAUGCUCCCAAGGAGACAAUUCAAGCAGUGCAGGUAGAAUCUGUUGAUACCGGUGCAAAGCAGCCAAACUUGAGCCACCAAACUUCACAAACCCAUCAGCGUAGUCGAGGAGUGCCCAACACUUCUUCUGAGCAAUCUAGACCAAUUAACUCCCAGCAUUCGAGGCCUGCAACAGUGCAGGUCAGCCGGCAGCAGACCCCACCGACAGAGAAAGAGCAGCUAAAUCCUCAGGUGAAUCAGCAGGGGAGGACAGCCCAUGUUAAUUCCCCUCAGCCACCUCCAGUUGCUUACAAUAGGGAGCAUAAGGCUCCUCAGGAAAGUGUUACUCCUUACCAACCACCGAGGUCUAUUCCUAACCAGGUCAACAGAGGGAUUGAGAAUGAAGGUCAUGGCUCCCAUGAGCAUGUGAGAUCUCAGCGUGGUAAUCCUUUGCAGAUGGAUAGACACACUAUUGCUCCUGGAAAGUUUGAGAGGGAUUACCACACUCCACAGGAGCGUCCUGCACCACACCAUCAACCAAGGCAUAAUUCCCGGCACCACGGAGCACCUAAUUCUCAUGAUAGAGAUCAUCUGCAAGGGCACUCAGGGGUCGCACAUCCUCCAAGAUCUGCUCAAGGAAUCACUGGAGAGGUUGCUCCUGUAGUUCGCGACAAGGAUCAGGUAAUCGCACCUGUUCACGGGGCUGGCCAAGGUAGGACUGCAUCUCAAGCUGUACACGGUCAUCACGUAGCGCCCAUAUUACCUGAGAGGGAGCGAAGUCCACAGAAAGUUGGAAAUGUGCAACCACCUCGUUCUCCUCCACGGCAACGAGGUCGGCAACAAGUAGUUCCCCACGAGAGGGAUCAGACUGCCCCUUCUCAUCCUCAUCAUCAGCAGAGGUUUAGGCAACCAGGACAUGAGAGGGAGCACCAUAGGGAGGUUUCCAAUGCCGUUCAUCAUCAGCAACAACAACGGGCCUCCACAGAUGGACAUUGGCAGCAAACUGGAGUGGUAGCUGAUCGUGUUCCACCCAGUGAGUUUGGUCAGCCUUACCAACAUCCCAGUAGGGCAUCUCACAAGUCACAAUCUGUUAAUCUGUCUGCAGAACAUGAUCAGGGUCCCGUUGCACACACUGCUGCUAACCAGUAUUCGAGAUCUGAAGGGUCAAACAAGCCUCAGGGCCCUGCUUUGGGAGAUUCUCACAAACAUCCUCAUUAUCAAUCAGUGCCAUCUCUACCACCUGCGCAGCAUCAUAAACCUCUACAGCAGGGAGUUCCGCAGGGUCCUAAAGCAGAAACUGUCCAUAACAAUGCACAUUGGAAUGGGGAGAGAGGGGGUAGUCCUCCAUUCCGAGGUCGAGAUCAUGGACAUUCGAGACGAGGUCGUUUUGGGAGCCGUGGUUCAGGUGCGGGUGGAAGACAUGCUGAGAUUGACAGCAGGAGAGACCAGGCAUCUAAGCCGAGGGCAUCGACGGAUGCCGCUGGAAAUGCAGUGCCCAGCCAAGUUGGAGGCUAGGAAAUCUCUGCAGUGCACGUAAACCCAGGUUUUACGGUCUCGUUUCUGAAAGUGUCGAGACGUUUUGGGAAGGAGGCCGGUACACCAACCCUCAGGCAGGGCCCCGAGGGAGUCCGCUUUGUGGGUCGUGAUGGGCAGGCUUGGCAGUACCUGUUGUCAUUUCAAUCAAUAAGGAUGGCGUCAUUUUUGUGAGAUUUGUGCAGACCUUUUGCCAAGAAGCCAGCCAUGCCGAGAUCGUUGAAAACAGCAACGAGAUGAAUGGUAACUGGCUGAAAAUUGCCGGUCAGGUCGUGCUGUCAAUGAAAUUGCAGUUGCUGGGUCAUUGCCAUAGGCGGGUAUGAAUUUAUGUGGUAUGCCUGUUAUGUCACUUGAUGACAGGAGGACAGGUGAUACCAUUGAACUGUCAGGUAUGGUCACUUCAGGGAGAUGAGCUUGGAUCAUAUAACCCAGAUGGAUAAUCUCCCAUACUCUACCUACCUCUUGUUUCAUGAUGUUUUGUCAGGAGGUUCCGUCAAGAGCAACCACUGGCUUGUGGAUCAGUGGGCUAUCAAGUUUAGGAACUUAAGUUGCUACGGAUUAUCUACCUGAGCUAUGUGAAUUGAAGUGCUUCCCUUUAGGUAAUUGUAACCCUGUUUGUACAAAGGAAGCACCAAGUCUUGAAUCGGCCAGGUCAAUCUGGCGCUGGGAUUGUGUACUUGCGUAAUUGCUAAAAAUUCAGUUUAAUUUUGAAAAUGCACUAUUUGUGGGC